UGACCCGGCUCCACCCUCGGCCGCCCGGACAAGUUUAUCUUGUGACUGCCGGGGUUGCUUUCCCUUCCUAGAUUGCGGAGCUUUCAUGCCCACGAUGCGUUUCCUGACCGCCACGAUCCUGCUCUUGGCGCUCGUCGCCGCCACCCAGGCCGAGCCCCUGCACUUCAAGGACUGCGGCUCUAAGGUGGGCGUUAUAAAGGAGGUGAAUGUGAGCCCCUGUCCCAACCAGCCCUGCCAGCUGCACAAAGGCCAGUCCUACAGUGUCAACGUCACCUUUACCAGCAGCACCCAGUCCCAGAACAGCACAGCCUCUGUCCACGGCAUCCUGGCAGGAGUCCCAGUCUACUUCCCUAUUCCGGAGCCGGAUGGUUGUAAGAGUGGAAUCACCUGCCCCAUCCAGAAAGACAAGGUCUACAGCUACCUGAAUAAGCUGCCGGUGAAGAGUGAAUACCCCUCUAUAAAACUGGUGGUGGAAUGGAAACUUCAAGAUGACAAAAAGGACAACCUGUUCUGCUGGGAGAUCCCAGUAGAGAUCACAAGCUAGGCUCCUUGGCGCCCUGUGUCUGUGCAGGAUGAGAGGCCAUGGACAGAGGGGCGGGAAGAAGAAACAGAAAUCAGACCUGAAAUGGAAUCAGUGCCAUACAAUGAACAGACUUUCAAGAAUGCUGUUUUAUGCCUUUUAACCUCCAAAAAAAUACCUGCAACCCUACUACUCUUGAGAGCUCAGAACCUCCCCCGCCCCCCAAAUAAGAUAGCCUUUGUGGAGGCUUGGGGAGGGGGGAGGGAAACUGGAGAGAUUAGAUUAGUGUCCAUGGCUGUUUGCUGUUGGAUUUCGGGCAGGUCCCACCACACAGGAUGGGAUGGGGUUGCUUGGGGUUGUCAGAUAACUUGACCCAGGGCUAUCAAUCCACUGUGACGGAUGGCUUCCCAGAGCCUUCUGGCUGGCUAGGGGUAUUACCUCCCCUGUUUCUAAGUGCCUCCUGAGUCCUGAGCACCUGGCUUACCAGUCUGAUGAAUCUUCAUAGUGCCCUCAGCCCCAAGGCUUCAACGGUAGCGACUAGCUCUCCAUGGUGUCCAGAGACCAGCUCAGGGGAGUUCUGCCGCAGAAAUUUGACUCUGAGUGGCUGCUGCUUUGUGGUUAGCUCUUGUUCUUUGGUAGUUUUCAUUAAAGCCAAUCCUUGGUUGCA